AUGGCCUCUGCCGUGGUGGAAAAAGAGGCCAUUCAGCUUGGCGAUGCGGCGGCAGCCAUCGAGCGAAAGUCACCUCCAGGUGCCAGUUCGACCCAAGAAAAGAGAUCCAGUUUCCAAGAUUACAUUCGCAUCGCUCAUUAUGGCCGCCCAGUCGAUUACCUCCUUGGAUCCAUCGGAAUCCUCGCCGCCAUAGGCUCUGGCGUUGCCUUUGCCAUGGUUAACCUCAUUAUCGGAGACUUUAUUUCCAUCAUGACCGACUUCACUGCCUCCGGGUCUGCCCCUGAUGGCUUCAUGUCGCAAGUCUCCAAGUCUGCGCUUUACUUUGUUUACAUCGCCAUCGCGAGAUUCAUCUGCACUUAUGUCUACUCGUCGCUCCUUACGUACACGGCCCUCAGAAUCACCCGAAACCUGCGAUACGAAUACCUAAAAUCAGCCCUUGGACAGGAAGUGGGCUACUUCGAUCAAGGCGCCAGUGUCUCGAUUUCUAUGCAGGCCACUUCGAACGGCAAAUUGAUUCAGUCUGGUAUUUCCGAGAAGCUGGGUCAAGUCUUCCAAGCUAUCGCGACCUUCUUUGCCUGUUUUAUAAUCGCGUUUAUCAGCCAGUGGAAGCUUACGCUUAUCCUGAUGUCUAUUGUUCCCGCCCUCCUCAUCAUUGUGGGGAUUGUUGGUGGCUUAGACGCCGCCAUCGAGACAAAGAUUCUCAAGCUCUAUGGGCAGGCCGGUUCGUUUGUUGAGACUGUGCUUGCCAGUAUCCGGACCACUAAGGCCUUUGGGCUCGCCCCAAGAAUGUCAGACCAAUAUUCUAACAUCCUCCAUGAGGCACGAGUACUUGGCGACAGGAAGAAUGCGCUCUAUAGUUUUAUGUUUGGAGGUAUCAGCAUGCUUGCUCGAGGAGAAGUUUCGAAGAUAGGUACAAUCUUCACAGUGUUGUUCUCUGUCAUAUUGGCAGCUUCGACCCUCAACUCUAUCGCCCCUCACAUGGUUACGUUUAGCCGUGCCGCAACAGCUGCUGGAGAAUUGUUCCAGUUGAUCGAUCGAGAGUCACGCAUCAACCCCUUCGACGACUCUGGAGACAAACCAACCACUACACAGGGUUCCUUAGAGCUCAAGGAUAUCGUUUUUAGCUACCCUUCCCGCCCUGACACUCGCGUUCUCAAUGGAUACUCACUGUCUAUCCCGGCUGGCAAGGUUACGGCGCUAGUAGGCCCCAGCGGAUCUGGCAAGAGUACUAUCAUUGGCCUCUUGGAAAGGUGGUAUAUGCCAACGUCUGGCUCCAUUGAGCUAGAUGGUAGAAGUCUUGAGGACCUCAACUUGAAGUGGCUCCGAACGAAUCUACGACUUGUCCAGCAAGACCCUGUCCUAUUCAAUGGUACCCCAUGGGAACACGAUUGUCCAGAAGAGAAACUCCGCCGAGUACAGACCGCAGCUCAAACCGCCUUUGCCGAUGGUUUCAUCCAAGCACUUCCCCAAGGGUAUGACACCUGUGUCGGUGAGAGAGGCAGUCUAUUAUCAGGCGGCCAGAAGCAAAGAAUUGCUAUUGCUCGCAGUCUAAUAUCUGAACCAAAGGUCCUUCUUCUUGACGAGGCUACCAGUGCCCUAGACCCUUAUGCCGAGAGUGCUGUUCAGAAGGCACUCGAUGCAGCUUCUAAAGACCGUACGACUAUUGUUAUAGCUCACAAGCUUAAAACGAUACAGAAUGCCGAUAACAUCGUUGUCAUGGACCGAGGUUCCAUAAUUGAGCAGGGUCGCCAUAGUGAUCUAGUUGCUCGUGGGGGCACCUAUGCCAAGCUGGUGCAAGCGCAGGACCUUUCAACUGCCAGUAGCGAUGACACAUCUGACACAUGCUCUGAGAUAGCUGAUGAGGAUAUCGUUCUGGCACCUACGAAUUCCCUGCAAAAGGGCCAAAGCGCGACUGACAAACUCCCUACCAGCACCGAUCUCCAGGACUAUGACCUACACAAAGGUACUGGUAUUUUCAGGACCGUCUUGAAACUUGUCGGAUUAGUUCCUGAGAUAAGACUGUGGAUUCUGCUCGUGGCGGCCACAUGCAUCGUGGGUGCUGGCGUUUACCCUGGCCAGACGAUUCUUCUCGGACGGGUGAUGGAUGUUCUCAAAGCAGAUGACAUGCAGAAGCAAGGCAACUUGCUGGCGCUCAUGUUUUUCGUUAUGGCACUUGGCUUGAUCAUCGUCUACGGUAUCCUAGGCUGGGCCACCAAUGUCGUUUCCCAGACUUUUGCUCAACGCAUCCGAGAGGAUCUGUUUUCUUCCAUAAUCCGCCAAGACCUUGCCUUCUUCGAUCGUCCGGAAAAUACAGUUGGUGCACUGACCAGCAGAAUCGACUCGUACGCCCAGGCCAUCUUUGAGCUCAUGGGGUUUACGAUUGCUAUUAUCACAAUGGCACUGGUGUCAGUAUUUGUCUGUGGUAUACUGUCAAUCGCUUUCUCUUGGAAACUCGGACUUGUGGGCGUGUGCGCUGGAAUUCCUCCAAUGCUUAUAGGAGGUUAUGCCAGGAUACGUCUCGAGACCAAGAUGGAUGCCGACAUGGAUGCAAACUUCUCCACAAGUGCUUCGCUUGCUUCCGAGACGGUUACUGCUAUAAGGACAGUAUCGUCCCUCGCUAUCGAACAAAAUGUGCUUCGGAGGUAUACUUCUGAGCUUGAUACAGCCAUUAAUCGAUCCAGAAGCCCCCUGUUCCAGAUCAUGAUCUGGUUCUCACUGACACAGUCAAUCGAGUAUCUCAUCCUAGCUUUAGGAUUUUGGUACGGUUCCAAGUUGGUUUCUGAGAAUCAGAUCACCUUCUAUCAGUUCUUCGUCUCUUUCAUGGGGGUAUACUUCUCUGGCCAAGGAGCAGGCCAGAUGUUUAGUUUUGCAAGCAGUUUCACCAAGGCUAACUCAGCUGCCAACUACUUCUUCUGGCUUUGCGAUCUCGAACCCACUAUCCAAGAGACAAUUGACAACAUCGACAACGCCCCCGCUGAUGGUUGUAAGUCCUACGACUUGAAGGACCUCGAGUUUUCAUACCCCCUUGCUCCAAAUAACCGCGUGCUGAAGGGCUUGUCUCUCAAGUUGUCAAAGAUCGAACCCGGUCAAUUCGUGGCAUUUGUCGGCGCAUCAGGAUGCGGUAAAAGUACCAUGGUCUCGCUCCUUGAACGAUUCUACGAUCCUACAAACGGCAAAAUCACGAUCGAUGGUACAUCCUCGUUAGCCGAUCUCAACCCUCGAUUGUAUCGUGCAAAUGUGUCCCUUGUCCAGCAGGAACCGACUCUCUUCCCAACCAGCAUUCGCGAGAACAUUGUCAUGGGCGUUGAUCAAGCAUAUUGCGACUUGGCUGAGGACGGAGUGAGUGACAAGAUGGUCGAGGCUGCUUGCCGAGCUGCCAAUGCAUGGGACUUUGUUAGUUCCCUACCGGACGGCCUAGGCACGCCUUGUGGAACAGGCGGAAGUCAACUCUCUGGCGGCCAACGACAACGUAUCGCUAUCGCCAGGGCUUUAAUUCGAAACCCCAAUGUCAUCCUUCUCGAUGAAGCUACCAGCGCUUUAGAUACGGAGUCUGAAAAGGUGGUUCAGGCUGCUUUGAUAGAGGCUGCGACAUCUGGAAACAGGAUCACUAUCGCUGUGGCUCAUCGAUUGUCUACGAUCUUCCAUGCUGAUUGCAUAUUUGUAUUUCAUCAUGGCCGAAUUGCAGAGGCAGGAUCGCAUGUGGACUUGAUUGCUCAGGGCGGGUUAUACAAGAAGAUGUCCCCUCAAUGCGUCCGAAACUGUUGUGGAGUGGUUCAAGCGCGCUUGGGAGAAGAUCAAGAAUGGGCCAACAAGACAGCCAAUUGGUUCGUUGGAGCCUGGAACACGGUCAAGUCGUGGUUUAGCGCAAGGGAUCUUGUUAUUUCAUCAUACUCUGAUUGGUACCGUGUUGGCUGGGGUCUCGGCAAUGACGGAUCGAAGCCAACUUCUGAAUGGGUCGCUAGGGACUUCCAUAUCACCCCAUAUCGCUUGUACAAGCAGCAGGUCACUUUUCCUUACACCUUCGAACUUGGUAUUCGCGUUUCUAGCAUGAAACCUGCGCGUACGUACGAGUUUGCUACUACGGAACCAGGCAUCUAUACUCAGAUGGUGCUGUGGAAUGGAGACUGGUCGGUUGGUUUCAAUGAUCCAUCUGAUGAGCCCAGAGUAGUUGAAAUCCGUACCCGGAACGACUGA